CUGAAUAGAUGCUCCAGCUUCUGUGAGCGGAGCGGGACACUUGCUGUGGAGAGCAGAGCUAAAGGACAAAUUGAGAGUGGAAACCGCUGCGGACAACCAAAAUACACCGCUUUCACUCGACCCACAACAUUCAAAAAUGGCCUCAAAGUGUCCUAAGUGCGAGAAGACUGUGUAUUUCGCUGAAAAGGUGUCAUCACUGGGGAAGGACUGGCACAAACUGUGUCUCAAAUGUGACCGCUGCAAUAAGCUUCUGAACGCCGGAGGCCACGCUGAGCACGAUGGAAGGCCCUACUGCCACAAACCAUGCUAUGCUGCCCUCUUUGGGCCAAAAGGUGUGAACAUUGGUGGAGCAGGUUCUUAUGUGUAUGAUACUCCUGCCAACAGCACGUCUCCCACCAGCGUGGAUUCAGUAACCAAAGCUGAAGAGAAGCGUGUGUAUGCACCUAAGGUGCCAUCAAAAGCUGGCAGCAUCACCACUUUUUCUGGGGAGGCCAACCUGUGCCCUCGGUGCAACAAGAAGGUGUAUUUUGCCGAGAAGGUGACGUCACUGGGCAAGGACUGGCAUCGGCCCUGUCUGCGCUGUGAGAGAUGCAGCAAGACUCUUGCUGCUGGCAGCCACGCAGAGCAUGAUGGCCAGCCCUACUGCCACAAACCGUGUUAUGCUGUUCUCUUCGGGCCCAAAGGUGUGAACACUGGUGGUGUGGGCAGCUACAUCUAUGACAAGGAGCCCAGUGCAGUGACCCAGCCUUGAACCUUUUGUCCCCUCAGCCUCACCUCUCUUCUCUACACAACACUGACCAUCAACCACAGUAUUAUUUGCAACCUCUUUUCUCUUCCCCAUCCGUGUGUUCGUACCCAAGACAACCAGCCUUCUGCUCCAGAUCCUCUCCUAAGUCUCUGCUGUUCUCCUUUACUCUGCCCCGGAUCAAAUUUAGCUACACAAGGAAUGAUUCAUUGACUACAAGUGCUGCCUAGACAUGUGUUAUAUGUAUUUGCUGCAGGAGCACAAAACACAUCCAGCAUUCCCACAUUAAUGAUAUUGCACACCAGCGAUGUUUACACAUUUCUAAAUAUAUAUAUAUGAACACAUUAAAUGUCACUACAUUAAAACAUAAAGGUCUUAAAUUUCAAAUCUUUCACCCACAAAACAAAUGUUUGUGAUGAUGCGUGUGUAAAGAAAACAAACAAAAAGAAAAGAGGUGAAAAAAAAAAAAAAAGCAAUCAGAAAGGGAUUCUCAGGUGUGCAAAAAGUGCUC